AUGAAGGAAUACUUGGCGAUUUACCUCAUCUUGUUUAUUGUAAUUGAGACAAGAUGCGAACGGGACGAAUACGAGAAAAUGCAGAACUGCCUGGUCAAAUCGCUAAACAAGCACAAAUCUGUGAUGGAAGUGUACCUGUGCAAGAAAAAGUGUAUCUGGGAGAACCUGGGAAUAGUAACAGAAACCGGGACUAUCAACACUCACGCUUUCGGCAACUAUUUCGGCAUCAAGCGGGGCGUAAAUUUAGUAGAAUUUCGCUUGUGUUUGAAGACCAUCCUGCCUGAGCACUCGCUGAAGAAUUGCAAAGACGUAACGAAAGUGAAGAUAUGUCACAAUAUGGUGAAAGAAUUAUCCAAAUCACCGGCAGCUUCGCUAAGAGCCACGCCGCUAUAUCAACCGGCCAAAAUGAGAUUUUUAGUUUACACCGCCACCAAAAUAUUAGACCACACUUUGAAUCCUCUUGUAGAAGGUAUCGGAAAUACGGUGAAAUAUUUACUACCGAGACCGGCGAGAAAAGGCGUUAAAAUAGUGUCUGACGGUUGGUUCGCUUUCAACGACGCCAUCAGAAAUACAGUAUCAUCAGCAACUAAAUCGAUUCUGGGUCUAGUGGAUUCCACAGGAAACGCUGUAGUGCACGGCGUAGAAUCAAUAGGAGACACCACGCUAGAUUACACCGUAAGACCGGUAGUAAACACAGUCAGAGAAAGCGUUAAAGAAACCAUAAAGGGCGAAGCUAAAGAGAUCAUAGAAUCUGCUCCGACGAUGAUAGCCGAUAUCCUCACCGAGCUAGGCCUGGGCGAUUUCAUCGGCCCCGACAUAUUCAAAAGGCUACCCGAAUUGGCCCUAAAAAUAUUACCGAAACUUUGGACAAUGUUCAAGGUGAGCAAAGGCGUCAUAGGCUUCGUGUACAAUUUGGUAACUCACGUGUUGAACGACGUCAAUCAGAAGAACAAGGAGCUCAAAACGCCUGAAGAUUUGACCGCCCAGUUGGUGCCGCAGGUGGUCAACAGCCUUAACGAAACCGCCACUAACAUGGUCAAAGACUUAGGCAGCAUCAUAGCUGAUACUCUACCGGCAGUCGGCGGUAAGCUGAUCGAAGAAACGAUCGAUCGCAUCGUGGAUGCGAUGCACUCAGCAGGACCGACGCUUGUCAACGUAGUCACGAAUAUCAUGAACAAAUUCAUCGAGGAGUUUUCGAAAUCGCUCGCGCAGUCGCUGCCCUAUAUCUUGGAGGCGAUUCAAAAACUCGUCCAGAAUAAUAGCGAAAAGACUGUUAAAAUCAUUAAACAGAAAAGGCCAAAAGAAGAAAUCGACUUGGGAGAUAUCGAGCAAUACAUUAAUAAAUUACAUUUGGAAGAAUAA